AGACACUAUCUCCUUGGGAGAUUCUUCAUCCUCAGGACUGAUCAUCAAACCCUAGAUGGAUGAGAACUCAGCCCGUACUUUCUGACGCUCUGAAACGUUGGAUCGAAGUCAUUGAGCAGUAUGACUUCGACCCCCAGUAUCUCAAAGGGGAGUACAACAAGGUGGUUGAUGCCUUGUCGCGUAGACCUGACUUUUCAGGUGCGCUGAUUACUGAGUUUGACCUCACGGACGAUGUAACUCGCUCUUUGGUGGAUGCCUAUCGCGAGGAUCAGUUCAUGUCGGAGAUCAUACGCAGACUCGAGGCGAAGGACAAAAAGACCUCCGCCGAGUUUGAGUUGGUCAACGGUUUGCUGUUUCUUGAGAAGGCCAGGAAUAAACGGUUGUGCGUCCCAAAUAGAGGGUCUUUGCGUAGUUUAUUUUUAGGAGAGUGCCAUGAUGUCACCAGCCAUUUUGGGUAUAAGAAGACCGCAGCCAACUUGCUACAGCGGUUCUGGUGGCCCACGAUAAUGCGAGAUGUUCAGCUAUAUGAACAGAAAAUGCAGCAGGCAGUAGAUCAGAUGCAGAAGGCACAAGCAGCGAUGAUAGAGUCCGAAAACCGACACCGUCGGCCUUCUACAUUUCAGGUUGGGGAUAGGGUCUGGGUUAAGUCUUCAGAACUGGGACAGGAGUACGGGAUCUCCCGCAAACUCAUGCCUCAGUACUUUGGACCUUGGGAAGUCUUGGACAUCGUCGGGACAGAUCCGGAUGGGCCAUCUUACGUUAUCCGGAUUCCUGGUCAUCUCCGUACUUACCCUGUUUUUCACGCCUCCAAGCUGGCACCUUUCAAAGAGACUGACCAGUUUCCAUCUCGUCACUCAAUGCUGCUCCCAACCAUGGACGGAGAGGUGGACAUUGAUGAUAUUGUUGCACCGGGUACUUUAGAGUUUGCCUACAGAUAUGAACAGAAAAUGCAGCAGGCAGUAGAACAGAUGCAGAAGGCACAGGCAGCGAUGAUAGAGUCCGAAAACCGACACCGCCGGCCUUCUGCAUUUCAGGUUGGGGAUAGGGUCUGGGUCAAGUCUUCAAAACUGGGACAGGAGUACGGGAUCUCCCGCAAACUCAUGCCUCAGUACUUUGGACCUUGGGAAGUCUUGGACAUGGUCGGGACAGAUCCGGAUGGGCCAUCUUACGUUAUCCGGAUUCCUGGUCAUCUCCGUACUUACCUUGUUCUUCACGCCUCCAAGCUGGCACCUUUCAAAGAGACUGACCAGUUUCCAUCUCGUCGCUCAAUGCUGCCCCCAACCAUGGACGGAGGGGUGGACAUUGAUGAUAUUGUGGAUCACAGAGAGCUGCCGGUAUCAAGACCAGCAGGCAGGGGACGUCCUCCAAAACCGAAGCUGCAGUACCGCGUUCAGUUCCGACAUCACACUGAUCCGAAGGAGGACCGCUGGUUCACCAGGGAAGAGCUCAUGCAGACCGCUCCUCAAGUUGUAACUCAAUAUGAGAGAUCUCUGCAGAAGGGAAAGCGCCCUAUGAUCGAAGAUUGAGCUUCUCAGAGGACUGUUGAAGCUAAGGAGGAGGGAAUGCGAGGC